AUGAAACUUACAUUGACAAAGGACAUGCAAGCUUCGGUAGAGUUGGCUUUGAAAGGAGCGAGUUUUUCUGAAAAGUACAAGGAAGAAGCCGAGAUGAUUGCAAGUGCCUGUCAUGAAAAGGAAAGUGUGCCCAUCACUGUGGAGUUGGUUCAGUAUGUGUCAAAACAACUGAAUCAGUCCUUUCAUGAACUCUUGAAAGGAACCACUAUUUAUAUCGAACCCAAAGAAAUCAAACCCAAGAACCCUGAAUUCGAAGCUUAUAUGGCCAAGUUACGCGCAGAACAACAGGAAAGAGAUUACAAACGCAUGGUUUCCUCCGUGAUCACUUCUGAAGAUCAAAAAUUUAAUUUGGGUAUUAAACCCGAUGAAUUGAAAGAAGCCAAAAGUCAUAUCGCUACCAUCUUUAAUAUCUUGUUUUCCAUGAUCGCUGUUUACACUGCUGUCUUUAAAGCUUCUAAAACAAUCAUGGACGACUUGGGUCUUCAAGUCUUGAUGGGUUUAGCAGGAGCCAUCAUGAUUGGUACAGUCGAAGGUAUCUUGUAUGCUAAAUAUGCCUAUGUUGCUACCUUGGAAAAGAAAUCUAAAAGUAAACGCAUCGCAACAUUGUAA